GCAAGCCACAACAUGACGACAUGAUUAACAACCUCCUACCUCAUCACCAGAUUGCUUACGUGAAACAAACAAACAAGGCACGAAGCCAGUCUACAAACAAAAGACAUUGCAGUCGUCAAAAUAAUUCCACGAACCUAUUACCUUCCCUAGGCUCUCUCUCUUCUUUAUCUUCAUCGGCCACAGCAACAGAAACGAACGCGCAAUCUCGCCAGCAUCAUGUCGUCGUCCGGAGUUGCAAGCAGCAUCCAGGCAAGAGCCCGAGAGAUCGCGAAGGAAGACUACGAUAAAGCCCGAAUCCUUCUCGAGGAUGCGGCCAAGAGUCAUGCCUAUCUCUACCCAUUCAAGGGCAUCGUCUACUUCCUAACGCAUCGCGCGUUAUGGAAGCCCUUCUCGUCACGUGUUCUUCCUACUCUGGGUUUGUCCGCCGGUGUCAUAGCUGGGAUGUUCUUCUUCACGUACCUGCCCCAACUGGCCAUCUUGGUCUUCGUGAAUGGCCCUCUUGCUGCCUUCACCACUAUUUUGCUGGUUCUCAACGAAAGCUCCACCCUCAUAUCGAUCUUGUCUCGCAACUUCCUUAUCCAGGAGGCUCUAUUGGAUACGUUCGACGGCACCUUGAUCACGCGAAAUGAGACUGAGAUUGUGAAGGAGGGAAGACAGGUCAAGUCUGGCAGCGACCCGAUUGACAAGCUCGGCAAAAUCUUGAAGAGCCCGUUCGAGAAGUUCAGCCCGAAGGCACUCAUUCGAUACGUCAUGUAUCUCCCACUGAACUUCAUCCCUGUUGUUGGAACGAUCAUCUUCAUCUUCAUUCAGGGUCGAACAAGAGGCCAAUCUUCCCACGAUCGAUACUUCCAGCUGAAAGAAUGGUCCACAUCUCGGAGAUCGGAAUGGCUAAAGCAACACACUGGAGCCUACACCGCCUUCGGUACCAUCGCAACGGUUCUCGAAAUGAUACCGUUUGCUUCUAUGUUUUUUUCCUUCACAAAUGCGGUUGGUGCGGCGCUCUGGGCCGCCGAUAUCGAGGAUCAGAACACCCAGAUGGAGCAGAGCACCGCACCAAAUCUGCGAGAGGCGGCGAAGAAAGCUGAGUAGGGCACACAGCCUACGAAUCAAGCCGAUAUCUCCGAAAUUACAUGAUCGAAGAUCAUGCACGUCAUGCAGAAAACGGGCCGCAUCUGCAUGAGGCUUCGGCCCCUUCGAGGUGGCGUUAACCUGACGCGCCACAGGUGGAAUGCUACUUACAGCAUCAUAGUAACGGUAUACGAAAUAGAUCAAAUUGACGAUGUGCGCCAGCUUCCG